AUGUCGUUCAAAAUUUCCCGUUUUACAAGAUCAGUUGGAUUUCCUCCGCCCUCUACUUUCGUAUCACCGCUGCCUGUAAUAAAGCACAUGGGCCGCUAUAUUCCUCAACUUUCAUUGAAGCUUAUCGGCCUUGACUUGGGGGUCCACGCGUCACCCAAAUUUGGUCAUCAGAUUUCAAAGGAGGUUGGAUUCCAGCAUCAGAAACUUCUCUUGUUUAUAUGUCUGGAUAGUCUUGACCCGAGAUGGUGGAGUCCUUGGUUCAAAUCCCAAAUCGGCGUCAUACAUCUUAUUCACGAGACGGUAAUUGUAUCACUCCCCGUAGUCAAGCAGGGCGGAGAUCGAGGCCAGGCUGUUGCGAGCGCGUUUUCUGGCUCUAACAUAUUCGCUGCGUCGGGGUCGCUUUCGUGGUGGCAUCUUGGAAAUUGGAAUCGAGCUCCAAAGGUGACAAUUGAAGGAUUCUAG